AUGCUGACCUCUGCCGAAGUCGGGCCCCUACCUUCCCGCACGGACGUCAUUCCUCUCCACGACAAGGAGUCUGUGAUCUCCUACCAAUACCACAUAUCCAGGAGCUCCUCUCGGGGCCUCAGCGACCUCCUUCGUGCAGCAACACCACCCCUCCAUUUCCCAUCCAAGAAUGGAGCUUGUCGGCGUGCGAGCAUGCAGGUCCUAGGGCGCCCCGACAGGCCGCCCUUUUCCAGCGAGCCCGUCAUGCAGUGCGGCCACGCCCGACGUUUGGUGAAUCUCUUUCAGGGUGCCAGCAUCCUCACCUGUAGCUCUAUUCCCACACUGUUGGUGUUCAGCCGAACACAUUUUUUUUCUUCAGAUUUGGGAUGUACAGUUUAUCUCGUGUGGUUGAAGCGUAGUGUUCUUUCGAGUGCUAUCUUGUGGUGCGGAUCAAGAUUUUACAUGCGAUUUAGUUUUGAAGUGCGGGCACAUUAG